UCGGGGUGUAGCUUACGGCAGCUUCCACCAGUGCGAUGGAAGGCCUUUAAGACGAAUACCUUGGCCUCGACUAUUCGUUCCGCUCCGAUACUGACCCCAGAGAAUAACCAUAACGUGGAGGUUGAGGUAUAAAAAAUGGCAGAAUUACUUCUUGAACAAUGCUCUUCGCUACCUAGCAGCAAAAAGACAGGUAUUCAAAAUCAAACACUGCAAGCAUCUCCUCCUACUACCACUACUACUACUACUACAACAACAGUACCCAAAAUGACGAGGCGCGAUUCCGAAGUGUCAUCAGACGCCUCUGUACACCCAGAAAGCACAACAUCCUCGCCUGGCUUGAGCAGAAGUAGCACUGACCCUGCCCAUCGCGAGCGACGUAACUCAAGACUUGGCCAGGCCAUGGAUCACAUUCGACAGGCUCUCUCGCAAGAACAAGAAAGAUUGUUCGGACCUCACAAGAUCGCCCAGCAGCGCCGCCAAUACCAAGCCAAGGUUGGCGAGCGUCUAGAGCAUCUACGCGAACAAGACAAGAUUGUUCGUGCCCGGGCCGAAGCCGAAAUGGCAUGGGAGGACAACGACAACAACGGCGCCAGUCCGGCCGUUCAAGCCCGUAAGACCUUUGACUUGAACGAGAACUCCAUGGGCGCUGACUCCGAAGAAAACCGGGAAAGACAAAAGAGUUGGGGCUGGCCCGGACUCGGCACCUUCCCAGAGGCACCCAAAGACCCGGCAAAGACUCGACGAAUGAGCGUUUCUCCAGAGAGAGCCGCAGAAUUGGAGCACAAGGUGGAGGAGGCAACGUACGAAGCCAUUGAUAGCGCUGCCGAAUCCGAAGCUUACGGCUGGCCAGGAGUCGGUGAAUUUCCCGUGCUUAAGAAGAGAUGAGCGAUUGUAUUGCAAUGAAACGGCGAAACUAUAGGCAAUUGGAUUUGGAGGGACGACAAAGGGUCUCCGACUGAGCGCUCAGCACGCACCGCAAAGACAUGGGAUUCGGAUUCCGUACUGUGGUAUUCGUCAAGACGUCGACGCGCGGGAAAUGGGCGUUAAUUGACAGAAGGCCCUGAGCCAUAGUGCACAGUAUGUAGCAACAAAUGAAGCAAUUACCCUCUCCCCGUCAACUGGGAGCAUUGCAAAAGCCGUUCUGACGAGCCGUUGUAAUGACGCAAAUGCCAUCAAAGCCUAGAUUGUUC